AUGCAGCUGGGGCAAUUGGCCAAUGAAUUAAAAAAUAGGCUUCAAGGUUCUUUACCUAGUGACACAGAGAAUCCAAGGAGGGAUGGGAAGGAACAUUGCAAGGCUAUCAAUCUAAGUAAUGGAAAAAUUCUGGAAAAGUCUGAGGAGAAAAUAAAGGGCAGUGGGGAGCCCACUUUAAUCCAAAUCGAAGGAGAAUCGAAUAACAAAACUGCCCAGGAAGUUACUGAAACUGGCCCAGUUGCUACAGCAAAGGGUCAGCAAUCUGUUUCAGUAAAUUUUGGACCUAAACCGCCCCUUCCAUUUCCUCAGAGAUUUCAGAAACAGCAACAGGAUGGUCAAUUCAGGAAGUUUCUGGAUGUGUUGAAACAGUUGCAUAUUAACAUCCCCUUGGUCGAAGCACUGGAGCAAAUGCCAAAUUAUGUUAAGUUCUUAAAGGAUAUCUUGACGAAGAAAAGGAGAUUGGGGGAGUUUGAGAUUGUAGCUCUUACAGAGGGUUGUAGUGCUAUGUUGAAAAGUAAGAUCCCUCCUAAGUUGAAAGACCCUGGCAGUUUUACGAUUCCUUGUUCUAUUGGAGGUCGGGAUGUUGGAAGAGCAUUAUGUGAUUUGGGCGCGAGCAUUAACCUCAUGCCAAUGUCUAUCUUUAAGAAGCUGGGUAUUGGUGAAGCACGGCCUACGACUGUUACAUUGCAGCUUGCCGAUAGAUCCAUGGCUCAUCCCGAGGGCAAAAUAGAGGAUGUUCUAGUACAAGUUGAUAAGUUUAUUUUUCCGGCCGACUUUAUCAUCCUAGACUAUGAAGCGGAUAGAGAAGUGCCCAUUAUAUUGGGUCGGCCAUUUCUUGCUACGGGGCGUAUCCUCAUUGAUGUGCAGAAUGGGGAACUUACUUUGCGAGUUCAUGACCAGCAAGUCACUUUUAGUGUGUUCAAAGCCAUGAAGUUUCCUGAUGAAGUUGAAGAGUGUUCAAAAAUUGAUGUGAUUGACACUCUAGUAGCUGAAAGACUUAACAAAAGUGUGGAAAAAGCUGCAAUGGGUACUCAGAUUUUUGACGACUUUGAGGAUUCUAGUAGUGAGGAAGAGCAGAUAAUUACUUGGGUGGAUUCUUAUAAACCAGCGAACAAAUUCAACAAAAUUUUUGAGGCUUUGAAUCUGCCAGAAAAGCACUUCCAGCCACCAAAACCGUCUGUUGAAGAGCCACCCCAGCUAGAGUUAAAGCCGCUGCCCAGCCACUUGAAGUAUGUGUACUUGGGUGAAAAUGACACACUGCCUGUAAUAAUUUCUUCCUGCCUGGAGCCUAUUGCUGAAAAGUCAUUGCUGAAGUUACUGAAACAGCACAAGAGGGCUAUUGGAUGGACAAUGGCCGAUAUUCAAGGAAUUAGUCCAGCGUUGUGUAUGCACAAGAUGUUAUUGGAAUCUGAUUAUACUCACUCUGUAGAGCAGCAAAGGAGAUUGAAUCUCGUGAUGAAGGAUGUGGUUAGAAAAGAGGUCAUAAAGUGGCUUGAUUAUGGCAUAAUUUACCCGAUUUCCGAUAGCUCUUGGGUUAGUCCCGUCCAAUGUGUUCCUAAGAAGGGAGGUGUCACGGUGGUAACAAAUGACAGUAAUGAACUUAUUCCUACUCGCACAGUUACUGGGUGGCGUGUCUGCAUGGAUUAUAGAAAAUUGAAUAAAGCCAUAAGAAAGGACCAUUUCCCUUUGCCUUUCAUUGACCAAAUGUUGGAUCGCUUGGCGGGUAAGGAGUUUUUCUGUUUUCUUGACGGUUAUUAUGGGUAUAAUCAGAUAUCUAUAGCACCAGAAGACCAAGAGAAAACUACGUUCACCUGCCCAUACGGAACAUUUGCUUUUAGGAGGAUGCCUUUCGGUUUGUGCAACGCACCAGCCACCUUUCAAAGGUGA